GAGCUUUGUGCCGAACAAUACGCGAAGAAGAAGAUUGGCGGAAGUGAGGAUCUUGGUUAGGCGCUCGCGACCUUGCGUAGAGCGUGGAAUUUUCAUUAAAUGAAAAAUUCACUUAAAAUGAACUUAAUAUACGAUUACUCAUAGUGUCUUUAUCAAGAUUCCCAGAAUGAUUUCUCUAAUCAAGGCUGCUGUGGAUAGCGUGGCUGCAGUUUGUGCCCACAGUCACCAACACGGAUUAUUGCACGGCCACUUGAGAGUUCUAUCCGCCGGACUGAAUACAUUUGAAAUCCCUCCUGACUACAGAGAUGUGACGCUGCCACAGAAACCCAAACUGAAGUUCAUGAACAAAGUACCCAACUUUAAAAAAGCAAAGAAAGAGAUGAAGAGGCUGCGAGACAUCCAAGGUCCUGCUCGGGCAGCAAAUACCUUCACAACUGGACAGUAUGCCGUAGUGGCAAUGGGCGGGGGCUACCUCCACUGGGGACACAUGGAGAUGAUGCGCCUAACAGUCAACCGCAAGAUGGAUGCCAGCACUACGUUUGCUCGCUGGCGCAUUAACGCCCCCUACAAACCCAUUACGCGAAAAGGGCUCGGUCAGCGCAUGGGUGGAGGCAAAGGAGCCAUUGACCACUAUGUGACACCUGUUCGCUGCGGUCGCCUUAUUAUCGAAGUGGGAGGAAAGGUGGAGCUUAAGGAAGUGGAGCAUUACUUAAUAGAAAUAGCCAAAAAGCUUCCAUUUCCUGCUAAGGUGAUGAGUAGAGAGAGCUUAGAAGCCUUCAAACAGAACCAGAUCGAUAUGGAGCAGAAUAACCAGAACCCAUGGACCUUCAAGAGGGUCGUCCAAGGGAACAUGCUUGGUAUCAGGAAGGUCCUCAGCCCGCUUGACCUGAAGAAUCAUGGACGCUUCACAGGAAAAUUUUACAUCCCCGGGAGGGUGUGAGUCCCCAAAAGACACUUAUCCUCAAUGCAACUGGAAGGACCUUGCACUUAAAAGGCUUCUGUUUUUGUGAAUAUACGAGUCUUUCAACUUUGUAUUAUGCAUUUUCACUUAUUUUCUUCACCCUCUUGGUCUUGUUUUGACACUCUGACAAUAUUUUUGCCUCAAUGUGAUUUUACCUCAUCAAAAAAAUAAAAACUGUCUUCCAAAGUGAAAA